AAACUCCGAAAAAACACAUCUAUGUGAGCGGCUUCUAUUUCAUUAUUUUUUACACAGUGACACUAACAGAAACACAUAUUUGAUUAGCCGACUACGUAUAUAAGCGAAGCCUUGUUAUAUGCAGACUUGCCCGUUCACCCUCAUUCGACGUUUGCCCGACAAUAACCAGUUCUUCUCAGUUCUGUGUUCCGUGGACUCGAGAAGCAUUUCUAGAUUAUUCCGAGAUUCUGCGCAACUGCGCACUGGUUGUUCAUCGUUCAGCUGCGAUUACAAAACAUUCAACUGGGAAGAAAACCUUGGCAGAGUGCAAUAUACACGCGUCCUUUCUUCUCUCACAAUGUCGGUGUUUUCCCUAGAGGUGAUUGCUGAACCGGCGCAUAGAGUCAUAGUUACAAGUGCAAGCAUCUUCUUUGGAUGCAUGGGAUUCGUGUUGGUACGUCCAAGGAAAAACGAAAUUCUAGUGUUCAAAAUAUAUCUUUAGAGUGUGAUAACUGCAGUCAUUC